ACGUGUUUGUAUAAGUUGGUUAUGUUUAACAUAAAUAAAUACGAUACUUUAGAGUUUAGAUGACCUAAAAUAGUCUACGGAGGCAUGUCGGCUAUUGGAAUUGAUCUUGGGACAACAUAUUCAUGUGUCGCUGUCCUUAGGAAUGAAAGAAUCGAAAUUGUUCCAAACGACGAAGGAGACAGAUUAACACCAUCAUGUGUUUCUUAUUCCGACAUCGAGGUAUUGACUGGGAAGGCGGCAAAGGAAGAAAUACCAUUUAAUUUUGAAAAUACUUUGUAUCAAAUCAAGCGACUUAUCGGCAGAAAAUUCGAUGAUCCAAAUGUCCAACAAGAUUCAAAAUAUUGGGGAUUCAAGAUUAUUAAUCAAGAUAAUAGACUCAAAAUACAGGUGAAUUACAAACAUAAAGCAAAAACAUUUUACCCAGAGGAAAUUAGUGCGCUGAUAUUAAAGCAUCUAAAAGAAUCCGCUGAGAAUUACAUGGGUUCCAAAUUCACCGACGCUGUUAUAACAGUACCAGCUUAUUUCAAUGAUUCUCAACGUAAGGCUACAAGAGAAGCUGGAAGAAUAGCCGGUCUCAAUGUUUUACAAAUGAUAAAUGAACCAACGGCUGCGGCAAUUGCCUAUGGAUUAGAUAGAGAGAAAAAAGACGAGCGCCACGUUUUGAUUUUUGAUCUCGGUGGUGGAACAUUUGAUGUGACACUGAUUACAAUAAAAGAUCGAGUGUUUGAUGUCAAAGCAACAGGAGGAGAUACCCACUUGGGAGGGGAAGAUUUAGACGACAGGAUGGUGAAACACUUUGUUGAAGAAUUUAACGAACAAAAUAAAGUUGAUAUAUCAGAAAACAAAAGAGCAAUGAGCCGACUUAGAAUUCAAUGUGAAGCAGCUAAACGAAAAUUAUCCGUAAAUAUGAUAGCAAAAGUUCAAGUCGACGGCUUUCACAACGGGAAAGAUUACAAAACAACUAUUAGUAGAGCUAAAUUUGAAGAAUUGAACUACGAUUACUUCGAGCAAAUGCUCGAAGCAGUGGAUGUUACACUAUCUGACGCAAAGUUUAAUAAAGAAAAGGUUGACGAAGUCGUAUUGGUUGGUGGAUCAACUCGAAUCCCAAAACUGCGUAAUAUGAUCCAAGAGUAUUUCAAUGGCAAAGAAUUGUAUAAAACCAUAAAUCCGGAUGAAGCUGUGGCACAUGGGGCUGCCGCACUUGCUGUUGAUCUUAGCACAGAUGCAUCUGCAAAAAUAAAAGAGUUUACUCUUUAUGAUAUUGUGCCUUUGCCACUCGGCAUCAACGUUGUCGGUGAUAUCAUGUCGGUGGUUGUUAACAAAAAUUCGAAAAUUCCCUCUAAACACUACAAAACAGUCACCACUGUUGCUGAUAAUCAAACAGUAAUUAGCUUUUCGGUUUACCAAGGCGAAAGAACGUCGACCAUGCACAACAAACACUUGGGCUCCUUCAGUUUAUCGGGAAUUUCUCCUGCCCCACGACGUGUACCCCGUAUAGAUGUCUGCUUUGAUAUCGAUUCCAGUAGUAUUUUAACUGUUACAGCAAAAGAUAAAAUUACUGGGAACAAAAACAAUUUACAACUUGAAGCUGCUAAAUUGAAACUUACCAUGGAAGAAAUAGAACUUAUGGUGCAAGAGGCUGAAAAAUAUAAAUUGGAUGAUAUUGAGCUCGGAAACAUCGCAGACAUGAGAAUAAAUCUGGAAACUUUGGUUUUCAACGCAGAGGAAUCCGCCAUUUUUCUUGAUUCACAGGGAAAUUUGAACAAAGAAGAUAAAUGUAUAUUAUUGAAUAAAUGUGAAUCAGUUUCUCACUGGCUAAACAAAAACAAGAAUGCUUCAAAGGAAACUCUAUUUCAACAACAAAUUGAAUUUCAGAAUUGCUGCCACCCAAUAUUCAUACGAAUAUGCAGGGAUAAACAGAUUGCAGAUGGUAUUGCAUCUGAAAACAAGAAGAUAGAAUUCAAUCAAAUUCGCAUAGAACAAGACAAGGUGUCAGUCAAAAGCGAGUAUGAAGUAAAAAUACAACAGUUGAAAAACAUUCAACAAUCCGUUUCAAACAAACUAAGCGAUGAAGGAAAAAAUUUACAAUCAGACGUGAAAAAAUAUGUGGGACGAAUUAGGCAUUUUGUCGAAGAUUAUCCAUACUCAGAAAUGCUCUCUUCCGAGGAAAGAAAGAUGCUAUUGGAGCAAUACAGUGAAGCCCUUUGGAUUGAAAAUUACCGGAACGUUACAAGCAUAGAAAUACGCGAAAAGCUGCAACAGAUAAUUGAAGUUUGUGAACCCAUAUUUGAAAGAUUACUUCAGAAUGCGGUUAAACGGUUUUCGGAACCAGAAAGAAAGGAAAGUUUAUCCGAAAGAAAAAUACGACCCGAGACGCCAAAACGACCAAAUAAAAGUACCAGGCACAUACAAUAUCACGAGCCCAAAAGAGAAGAUAUACAUCAGGAUAAAAAGUCAAUGUCAGCUGAAAACAGAAACAGGCAGAUAGUCGGCAAUGGUCAGAGUCAGUAUAAGUCAAAGAUAUCUUCGCUUCCGAAUUCUCCAAAGCCUUCUAAUAUUGGAAAUACGAAGAGGAACGCAACUCCAGUACUGAAUAAAAAUAACUAUUCGGAAAAACUUCAUCAAGAGCAAUCAACCGCCACCAACCGCCAACAACUCCCCAGCAGAAUUAAAAAUCAAAAUCAAUCAGAUCUGUCUAAUUACACGGUAAUCACACCUGAAGGCCAGAACUUUUCUGUCCAAGGAAAACAGAUGCCGAAAGUGAGACAUAAACCAGCAGCAACACCGGCGCCACUGAGAAAUGAUGCAGAUUAUGAUAAAAAACGCAAUCGACAGGAUCUGAGAAGCCUCGUCUCUAUUAUUGAAGGAAUGUUUGAACAGUACGAUACGGCAGAUAGACAAAAACUUUGCGUGAAAUGCAACGAUACCAAAAACUGGCUCAAGAACAAAAAUCCAAAAGAGUACACAGAAAAGUGGAACAAACUCCACAAAGAUUGGCAAAUUGUCGUAAAAAAGUAUUCCGAGCCACGACCAUCUUCUGGAUGGAAAAAAUAACGAUUGUAUAGUCAACGAAUCCGGAUAGAUCGAAUAUCAUAUGAUUGGUAUUGAGAUUGUGAUGAGAUCGUUAUUUUAUUAAAGCAAAACAA